UUUUUUUUUCAAUAUUUUAUUCAAUAAUAAGAAUUGAUAGAGAUAGUUUUUAUAAAUUAAUAAAAAAAAUUUAAAAAACCCGCUUGUUCUUAUUCGAGUUUCCCGCCUUUUUUCUGUACAGAUCAUUUUUUUUUUUUAGUACGUUUGUUCCGUUUGGAACAGGCUAAGGUCGGAGACCAUGCUGCCUAGUCUUCAAAAAGAUAAUUUGUUUGGAAUCUGUACAGAUCAUAAAGUUUGUCACUGUGACAAAUGACAUUUUUUAACUAUUUUAUUUAUAUUAAUAUAUUUUACGGCUCUGGAUUCAGGUACUUUAAGCCUAACAAACUUUGUAGUAUUGCCAGAUGAGACUUUGUAUUUCUACCGGAAUUUAUCUUUCUUUUUUUUUCUCCAAAUGAUAAAAAAUCUUUUACUUAAAAUUUGUCCUUUACUUUUUUAUGUUUUGUUUCCAAACCCUUUAAGAGAAACGCGUUGAUAAUAAAAAUGCUUAAAUAUUGAAGUUCUCUUUUAUCACGUCUUCAUCGAUAGGAAAACAAAGACUAAUAAUAACAGAAUUGUAAAAACAUAAGAACAAUAAAAAUAUAAAAAUAUGACAGACGGAAUAUGAUGGCCAGUUAUAUAAAAGGCGUAUUGUGAUGGCCAGUAAUACGCCACACCCUCUUCAGAGUUUAUUACUUAUUUAUGAAUAUUAAAGUGUAUUAAAUUUUAUAGUGGUAACUUCCUUAAUGCAAUCUUUUUUAAAACUUAAUUUGUAUAAAGUAAGAAAUUUAACACUGAAAAUAUUUUUCGUUAUUCGCAUAGAAUAAAUUUAAGUAUUUGUUUGUGGAUUACUAUGUAUAUUUAUAAUUUGUCUAAGGAUUAUAAGUAAGGACAAACUACGUAUGUAAAUAUUGUACCUAUUUUUUGUAUCCAAUUGUCUUUUGUUAUUUGUAACUUUUUGGGUUAAGGGCUUUCUUGUCAAUGUCUUAAACUUAAGUAAAAAGUCUAUGGUAUAAAUUUAAACUUAGGUACGACUACUACUCUAUUCUUUCUUUUACCAUGGGUGUCGUAAGAGGCGAUUAAGGGAACUUAAUAGUUAAGGGAUAGGCAGCAGCGUCCCUCAUGAAAUGUCACCGAUGCCUAUCUGCGGUGGCCCACCCGCCUGCCAAGCGUUAUGACUACUGGCAACACCUCCCCCCAAAGGGAGAGGGGUGGUUAUCUAUUUUUAGCAGUUGAUAGUUAACAGCUGAUACAAUUAUGUAUCUAUCUUUUGCCGCAGAAAGAGAAUGUCAAGUAAUUAUUAAUAUUAAUUAAGUUAUUAUUAAUCAAGUAAAUAUUACAUUUAAUAAUUAGAUUUUAAAAUAAUUAUUAGUCAAUUAAAAAUAGGAACUAUUUUUAAUUAAGUUUUGCUCGUUUGUGUAUCUAUGUAUGUAUAUAUAUUUUUUUAUAGAUAAUAAUUGAAUGAUAUCCAAAUAUACUAAUAACUUUGAUCUCCCAAUAUGAAAUGACACAUAGUGUUUCCUUUAUCCAGUCCCAUGUAGUUACAGAUGGGCAAAGCACCGGGUUUAAACCCGGUGCUUUGGUAAAAACCCAAUAAACACCCAUAAACUCCCAUAAUCACCCAAAAAAAUAGGUUUUUACGUAUUUUUUUGAAAAUAUGUAAGUAAUACCAAUAAAUUAUUUUUAUAAAUUGUAUUGAUCAAUUCUACAAUAUUAAAUAAAACGUUAACUAAUAAUAUUUCAGGAAAUUUUAAAAAUCUAUAUAUAAUAAAAUGAAAGUAAUUAAUUUUCAGUGUUUUCAUGUUGCAGUUGAUCAACAUGUUGGCCUUUUGCUUCCCGUAGAUACUUUAAAAUUUCUUCAUAACACCUCGUUCGCACACAUGGCCGUAUAUAUUUAAAUUCUUGAGCCACUAACAGUCCGAAAUACUCAUUUCUUUUAUCCUCUUCUCCAUAAAUUAAGCAUUUAGAACAGUUUGUUUCUUCUUUCAGUAAAUUUUCUUUUACUUUAUCCUCGUUUUUUUCUUUGUUGCGACGACGCUGGGUAAAUCAUCUGGACACUGGGUCUCACUAUCGCCAAAUAUAUUUGGAGAUCGGCUUCGGCUACGGCUUGGCAGACAUUUUUUUCUUUCUACAAUUUUAAAUUAAAUUUAUUAGAAUAAAUGCUUCGAACACACGCGAUCUAAGUACCUUUUGUGUUUAUUAUACCUUACCUACCUAGGUAUAAAAAGAGUACUUACGUAGAUUUUCUUUUAUUAACUGUUUUAUACGAAGAUCUUGAUCUCUCAAAUUAGCAUCCAUUUUACUUCCAGUGAUUAUCAACUAAAUUAAUAAUCCACAAAGUAUUAAAUAACGUUUUUAUGAAAUAUUUAGCACAAAAACAAUACCCUUUAAAUAUCGAUCGUCAGUAACUGUGGCUGACUUACCUAUAUUCUAGCAAGCAGGACUGCCAGAUGUGAAGGGGAAAUCCCCAAUAAAUUGUUGCAUGUGACUGAUGAUGUGAGCAUGUUCGUUUCAUAAUAAAAAUGUUGCCAGGUAACCAAAAAGUCGUAUGUUUUUGUGCGAAUUACGAUCAUAAUCUUUACGAUCGUACAUUAAAAAAUAGACAAAUAAUAGUAUGAGUACGAUUUAAAUCGUAUAUCUGUCAACCCUGCUAGCAAGACAGCGACAAAAUCACGUUGCAUAACAAUGUAGCCCAAGCUUAUAUCUUAUGAAAUAUACGGAAGAGAUACGGACUUAGAAAAAACAGAAAUGUUGUUCUUUGUGGAAGUCAUUGAUGAAAUUCUAUGUAUUUUAGCCCGCAAACUUUCUUCAAACAAAAACAGCGCCAUCUAGUAUCGAGUUCUGUAAUUAUCUCUUUGUUUAUGGAUUUGAAGUAAGACCGCCACGCAUGCAAUACAUUAUGACUGGGGAUUCCCCUAUUCGUCGACGCUGAAUAUGAGGCGACGACAAUCACUGUCAAACGUGUUCACUAUUACUCUGACUCUGGUAACGUGACUUCCUGGUAACGUGUUAGGUAGGAAAAGCAGUAAAAAAGUGCAUAUUAAGGGAGCAGAUUUGAAAUAAUAUUUAUACUUAACAAGAAAUAAUUAAAGGUUCAAUGGGGAGACCUAAAGAUUUACGCAUAUGGGAGCACUACCGUACUUUACCAAACAAGUCUGUUUCUUGCAAGCUUUGUAAUAAGGUCUACAAAUUCAGUAAUGCUGCCAAAAUGCUUCAACAUCUUAUCACUUGUCCAAAAUCUCCAGAAACAUUAAAAGACUCUAUGAAACUUAUAAAAGAUAGCUCGUCCAAAACCAAAAUGUCUGGACUGUCAGAGAUAGAGACAAAUGAUUCUUUUAUAAGCCCCUCGUCAUCUGCUAACACUACAAUAAAUGCUGAGUUUCAAGACACCGAUGAUCAUAUAAAAACAGAAUUAGCGAGAGCUAUAUUUGUAACAGGGACGCCAUUAUCGAUGGUGCAACAUCCUUUAUGGAUACAAUUUUUCGAAAAAUUGCAACCAAAAUUUAAAAUACCUUCACGUAAAGCUUUAGCGACAAAAUACUUAGAUAAAAUAUAUAGAGAAAUGCGUUUUGAGUUAAAUGAGGAACUAAAUGCUUGUAGUUACUUACACCUUCAGUGCGAUGGCUGGUCUAAUUUAAGAAAUGAAGGAAUAAUAAACUUUCUUAUAUCAAAACCUCAACCUGCAUACGUUAAAAGUUUGAAUACAGAAAGUAAUCCUCACACUAGUGAAUACCUUAGCCAAGAAGUUGAAAAAGUAAUGAAAGUGUAUGGAGCAAAUAAGUUUCUUGUACUUAUUGGCGAUAACGCUAGAAAUAUACAAAAGGCAUUCGAAUUAACAAAACUCAAAUAUCCACAUGUUGUUCCUCUCGGUUGCUGUGCACAUAUCCUUAACUUGUUGUGCCAAGAUAUUGUAAAGAUACAAGAAGUAACUGUGUUUAUUAUGCAAGCCAUAAAUAUAAUAAAAACUGUUAAAAGGAGUCAACGAUUAAGUUCCUUGUUGAUAAAAUCAAGGCAGGGUGAAGAUUCUACACAAACACUAAAAUUGCCUUGUGCUACAAGAUGGGGAAGUCAUGUUACUUCGUUAAAAAGUUUGAAAGCAAAUAAGAUAGCUUUGCAAAUAUUAACAGUUAGAGAAGAUGUGGUAAUUUCAAGAGAUAUUAAAGAUUUAAUUCUAAGUGAUGAUUUCUGGACGAAGACAGGGGAAUGUAUAAGUAUUUUGGAACCAGUCACUGAAAGCAUAUUUUACUUAGAGAGCGACCAGAAUCGUUUGCAUCGCACAUACAUUACAUUUAGAGAUGUACAAGCUAAGAUACGUUUUGCAUUAAAUGAGAUUUCGACAUUGAGCGAAGAAAGCAAACAGCAGAUUCUAACAUCAGUAUCUUCAAGAUGCAAUAUGGCAAUGAGGCCAAUACAUUUUGCAGCAUAUAUUCUAGACCCCAGGACUCUAGGAGUCGAACUUACUCAAGAGGAAGAACUUAAGGGUAUGGAGUUUAUCUACAAUUUAAGCCAACACUUAAGUUUGUCAAAUGUAAUGGCAGAUUUGGCGUGUUAUAAAGCUAAAGAAAACUUUUGGGCCAGAGGAUUUGUAUGGAGCUCAUUAGAUAGCAUUGAGCCCCUAAUAUGGUGGAAAGGUAUUUGUGGUUCCACUGAGUUAAGCAAAGUAGCGAUUCGUAUUCUAUCAGCUCCCUGUACUUCGGCAGCCACUGAGCGUUCCUUUAGUAUCCAAGGCUACAUACAUAAUAACAAAAGAAAUCGACUUACAACUGAAAGAACUGAAAAAAUUUCAUUCAUUUGUUAUAACUGGAAUCUUAAACAUAAAGCUGAAUGCGAGGACAUUCAGUUUAAUGAAGAAAAUACCUUAGAAGCUUUCAUUGAGCAAGUAAAUGAACAUAACAGUUUAGACGAAAUAGAGCCUAUCGAACCUAUACAAUUCAUCGCUUGUAAUAACUCUGAAUCUGACAGUGAUUGACUGUAGUUUUACAUUUUACUUUCAUCUCUUUCUUAAUAAACUCAAAAUCAAAUUAAAAGUUUUUUAUUCUGUAGGCUGCAUAAUAAUAUUGUCUAUGUCCAGUAUAGUGGACGUCUUGCGGCUGAGAUGACGAUGAUGAAGUACAAAAUCAUAAACACCCAAAAAUUUGGGUGUUUAUGGGGUUUAAACCCAAUAAACCCAAAACACCCGGUUUUUACCCACCAGACUUUAAACCCACCCAGGUGGAUUGCCCAUCUCUACAUGUAGUUAUUUCUCGGAUUUCCCCUUCCUCUUUUGCCCUCUAUUUAUUCUUUUAGUAUGCUUUUUAACAAAUCGUCAUGUCGUAUAAGGUGGCCUUGUAUUUUGCCUCUUCUAUUCUCUAUUGUGUUUAUUAAUGCUCUUUUUUCCUUUUUAAGCCUUCCUUUUUUGUUAAUUUUGCUGUCCAGUGAUUUCAUAUCGUUAUUAUACGUCGUGAAUAAGGCACAUAUUUUAUUUCUUCGUUUGUUCAAUGUAGUUAUUCUAUUGCUAUUUUGCGAGUAUAAUGCAAAUAUACUCUCAUAACAGUUUUAUGGGGUUCUCUUUCUAAU